AUGUCGUUGAAACCAUUCACCUAUCCAUUGCCUGAAACAAGAUUUCUACAUGCUGGCAAGCAUGUGUACAAAUUUAAAAUCCGGUAUGGCAACUUCAACAGCUCUCCCAAUUUCGGUCUUACUGAAAGCGCUGCCAAGGAGUCGGAGGAAGUGAUUCGCGUAAUCCUUGGAAAUCUUGAUGAUUUACAUCCAUUUUCUACAGACCACUUCACCGUCUUUCCAUAUUUGAGUAAAUGGGAGCAAGUAUCAAAGAUGAAAUUCAAACAUGAGAAUGUCCAUCUUGUGCCUUAUCCCUACAUUUGUACGUUGUAUCUAGAAUUGAUCUCAUUUCAGCGAAACAUAUCUUGUGGUAAAGAAGUAAACAAGGGCAGUGAUGAGCUUGUCAGGAGAAGAAAUGAAAUGUCAGAAAGCACUGCAAUGAAAGAAGCAGUGAAGAGGAGAAGAGUGGAAGUCAGAGAUGAUACCUCAUGCCCACAGUCCUGUAUGGACGGAACUGGAGCUUACUGUGUUCACCACAUGAGUAAAGCAGAGCAAGGAUUUGAAAAGAAUUCCUCCAAAGCAAAUGAGCUUGAGUUCAGCCCAGCAUCCCUUACUAAAGACUGUGACCAACUGAGUUUCUGGGGGCCUGUGGAAUUUGGCCAUGAACAAAAAAGAGUAGCCAGUGAGGCCAAGAGUGCAGUGCAGCUGCUGCAGCAAAUGGACCAAACAGGGAAAAAAGGAAACAUGAAGUCAGAAGGAAGAGGUCUCUCACAGUUCUGGAGAAGCAUCAUCUUUUCGCCACUACAACAUCUUUUUGGUGGAAAAAACUGA